AUGCUCGCCACUCUACUCUGGGGCUUCAGCAGGACACUAUGGAUGGCUAUCCUUGCACGAGCUCUCCAGGGUGCAGCUAAUGGCGAUGUUGGCAUAAUACGUACGACUGUUGCGGAGAUGGUGCCUUUCAGGGAGCUUCAGCCUCGAGCAUUUUCGGUGCGACUGCCCUCAAGUAUCAUGCCACUCAUUUGGACUUUUGGAGCCAUUGCAGGUCCUGCACUUGGCGGCGCACUUGCUAAUCCACUCAAUGUGCAGCCCGGCGAGAAGAUUGAGCAUCCAAACUUUCUCCAGCGAUACCCGUAUGCACUUCCCAAUCUCAUCUGUGCUGGGUUCUUCACCUUUGGCAUCACAGUGGGCGUGCUCUUCUUGGAAGAAACUCUGGAGACGUUGAAAAACAAGCGAGACUACGGCUUGAGACUGGGCGAUAAGCUGAAGAGCCUGGCCAGGUCACAUGUCGUAAAAGCAGAGCAAGUCCUUGGACUGAGAAGGGCCUCACAACGACAACCAGAAGAUGAACCAUUCCUGGACGAUGUUCAACGUAGCAAAGACCUGCCAGAGCAACAGCCAAAGCUUCCCAAGCAAGCAGCUCCGUCGAUUAAAGAGAUCUUGACGAAGCAGUCAAUAUACAACAUCCUCUCCUACGCUUUGCUCGCGCUUCACAAUAUGGCGUACGAUCAGCUCCUGCCAGUCUACAUGUCGUAUCCCUCCUUACAGUCUGACUCGCCUUACAUCACCAAGCCGAGCACGGACAGCCCAUUUCUGCGAUUUGCUGGAGGCUUUGGACUUACUCAUACACAGAUAGGAGCCAUCUCAGCAGUCUAUGGAGUCGUCAGCGUGGUCGUCCAGAUCUUCUUCUACCCAAUGAUCGCCAGACGCUUGGGAGUACUUUACUGCCUGAAGUGCGUCAAUUGCUUCUUUCCGUUUGUUUACUUCCUCAUGCCUUUCACGGCUCUACUGCCCAAUCAAAGGUGGCAGAUCGGCGUCUGCUUCGUUAUCAUGGAGCUCAAGGCCAUAUGUGCGAUCUUCGCAUUCCCAUGCAGCUCGAUCAUGAUCACGAACUCGGCUUCCAGCUUGCGGGUUUUGGGAACACUCAACGGUGCCGUGACUACGACAUCAGCGAUUGGACGUGCUAUAGGUCCGGCUGUAAUAGGCGGCGUGUUUACUCUUGGGGUGAAGCGGGGGUAUAUUGUUGCGGCAUGGUGGGUCAUGGCUACGUUUGCGGUGUUGGGAGCCAUUCCGGUCUUUUGGCUAGUCGAGGGCAAAGGGUUUGCAAGCGAAGAGCACGAGGCCGAUGGGGAGGUGGUGGAUGAUGAAGACGAUCGACUACGAGAGGAGGGUCUGGAGGGAGGUGCCGAAGCCGCUGGCCAACUGCCAAUCUUGAUACCCAACAAGCAACAGAACGAGGAAGAGCCAGUGGCCGAUGCGAACGACGAUCAUACAAGUCUGCUGACCAAGAGUGGAAAGUAG